CAUUUCAAAAGAAUUCUUUAGGAAGUUACAAAGGUUCCGGUUCCGGUUGGGUGAGAAACAAAACAUAGAUAUCUCGCAGUCGCGCCGUAGGUCACAGAUCAACAGACCGUAGAUUCAAAAAUACCUACCUCCUCUUGCGAUCUCAUUGCCAUGGCGAACACGAACGGCACCGAACCAGACGAAACGCCCGAUGGUGUGGAUCCCACCGCAAAACGAAGUUGUCCAAGCUCGUCAUUCGAUUGUACGGUAUCGCCCCUAUCGAAUGCUUUGACGAACAAGAACGAGUGUUUGCCCGCGGCAUCUCGGGCCACAAAGGCCUCCCUCUGGGAUUCCCUGUGGGAUGCAUCAUACGGGAAACGGAUUUCGAUACUGGCCUGGCUUCUAUUUAGCUUGUGUAUUCUCGGAGGUGGUUUUGGGGUGGGAUGGGCUAUCKGGAAACAAAAAACAGCAUCGCAACUGCGCGUCGACGAAAUGAAGCCCUCGGGCCUGAGGAAUGACAAGACGGUGUCGGAAGGCGAUCGCACGGUAUCGAACUCGUUGACUGAAACAGGAUCGCCUACCGAGUAUCCCACUGGAUCACCAAUAGCUGCACCGACUGCGAUGACGACCACGGCACCGACUGCGACGCCAACCACAAUGCCAACCUCUCCUCCAACUACAACACCAACCACGCCAACGCCAACCAAAGCGCCAACCACUCCUCCAACGAUGCCGCCGGUAUCCACCAAGGCACCAAUCGUGCCACCGACAACGCCUCCGACCAAUCCACCCACAAUGUCGCCAACACAAAUCACUUACGUCCCAGGGAAGUUGACCAGAAUGGAAAACAAUCUUUUGCUGUCCGAGGGGUUACUCUCACGCGUAAUUGCUCAAUCGGGGGAUCCAGUGAACUACAGUGGUGGAACAACUUCCGAGAUUGGCUUUCACGUUCUUCCGGAUGCCGGGGCGACUUUCCCCGAUACACGAUGGUGGAACCCUGGAGGAUGGAUCUACGUAAGCAACUCGGAAGCUAAAAACGAGACCGAGGGCGGGGUAGGAGCGAUUACCUUCACUAGGAAUGGCAAAGUGAUUGACUAUAGAAUGGUCCUCGAAGACACCUACAUGAAUUGUGGUGGUGGUCGAACCCCGUGGAAUACAUGGGUGAGCUGCGAAGAAAUCGAAUUCACUGGGAAAAUAUAUCAGGUGGAUCCGACGGGCCAGCGUCCGGCCGAAGUUAUGACACUCGGUAGCGACGGCGGUCGAUGGGAAUCCUUUGCAUACGAUGUGAGAGACAAACUCAGGCCACGCUUUUUUUCAACAGAAGACCAUAACAAGGGAUGCACCCGUCGAUUUACACCCGACGUGGUUCACUGGGGAGGCGACGAAUGGAAGAUGCUUCACGAGGAGGGCGUUGUGGACUAUCUGCUAAUAAUUCCAAACGUGAACCGGACAGGCGGGACAUUUGUAUGGACCGACGAUAUCCAAGCUGCCAAGAGCAGCGCCAAAUUAUUUUACCCUCAAUCGGAGGGCAUUGAUGUCCAAGAUGGAAUCAUGUACAUUGUUUGCAAAAAAAUCCAACAGCUUUUUAUCUUUGACCUGGAUCGAAUGAUCUUCAGGAACGUUUCUACGGUGUCCGGUCUAUUUGAUGGAAACCCCGAUCAAAUGCAACGCAUUCUCGGAAAAGAAGGUGGAUUGUUGUAUUUCACCGAAGAGGGAGGGAAAGACGCCGGGAUACACGCGUAAGUAGGGCCAUUAUGAAGCAAUUCGUUCACAAUUCAAGAUUUCCCUGUUCCAUAUCAAGAUAUAAUUUAGGGUUUUCUCACAACAAAGCGCUCUUCCUUUCUGCUUCAGCCGAGACAACCUUGGAAGAUUUUUUACAAUCCUCGAGAGUCCUAUUUAUAGUGACGAAACCACUGGUUUGUCCUUCAGCCCUGAUGGCAAGCAUUUGUACAUUGCUUAUCAGGAAAAUGGAAUACUAUUUGAUGUGUUCCGUGAAGACGGCCUCCCUUUUGAUGCCAAAUCCUUAGACGUAAAGUAUCACAACAGUAUAUCAUCCCGUCGCCUCAACAGUCAAUGGGUAGGACUGUAGUAGCCGAUUGGAAUGGGGUUUUAUUCCUUCGAACACUUCCACUAGUGGCGGAGAUUGAUGGUUACGCAGGAUACAUUGAGACAAGAAUAGAAAAUGGUGUCUCGAACCAAGGUCGUAUUCGCCGUACUUUCAUUAAGUGACCAACGAGCCCUUGAUGUCGAAUCGGCCCUAGAUCAACUUUUAGACUCAUUCAGACCAAUUUUUCUUUUAUCGUCAACGUUCUCUCGAAUUCGAUAAUUGAUUGUGAUGUUGAGAUAUCUCAGUUUAACCACUCCUAGCAAAUAUUUGCACUACCUUUUCGCCACUGUGCUUUUCUACCAUGUCCACAAGAACGUUGAAAGGUUUUUCAAACAGGCAUGCUAGCUCAUCGUCAAACAUUGUGCCAUCCAUCAUUACCGACACCGCACGCGCAAACUGAUAAUUCUUCUCCUCAGUCAAUUCUUUCUUCCUGUGAAGCCGUGCAGAUUCGGGUGGUAUCACGUGCGAUGAACCUAAUUCAUAAGCUGGAACAUAUUUUCUCUUUUCGGGGAAAGCUCCGUGAAAGAAUGGAUACGAGUGAACUCGGGUCAGCAAUCCAUUGAUAACGCCAAACGUGAUGAACCUGCGGUGAUCAAACUCCUUGAAAAUUUCGUUCCAACUAGCGGGAGAUUGUCUCGACGAUGAAGCUUGCGAUUCCUUGCCAUUUUGAUUGUUGUUGCUGUUGCCCUUUUCGUCUGCUGCAUUCUGUUUGUUUUUCAAAGAAUCCAAAUAGCUCGCUUCCAUUGGGGAAAAUGCCACGGCUUCAUUUUCAUUCAUGUCGUAUUCAGUCAGAGAGUCGUUGCGCAUAUUUGCACCACGUUGAAAGGUAGAAGACAAGCUAGAUCCACGAUGCCCCGGUACCGCUUUAUUUAGAUUUGGCACAUCUAAUGAAGUAGGCAGUUCGGUAGUGAGUGAUAACCAAAGAUCACCAAACGAUAAAUUUCGAUUAAACGCACAGCAUAGCUCUGCCAGUGCCGACUUCAAGUACUUGUGAUUUUCUGGAUUUCUUCGGCCUCCUUCAACAAAGUGAACUUGAUCUCGGUCAAGAGAGCUAGCAGCUAUCAUAGCGUGCCGAAAAUGAGUACUCCGUUGGCUACCGCUACCACCUAACAAAUUUAAGCUCCUCGGUGGAAAUGACGAUGGAUUCGCUCCACCCGACCUAAUAGAAUUAGUGAAGUAGU